UGGCAAUCUAGCACUCCUUUCACGAAAUCUUCCGAAAGCCACUCCGUACGCGUUCGUAUCGUUCCGUUGAUGGUCGCGAAAUCCCGGAUCAGAUCCACGAAAUCGCAUCAUUUAUCGAACAAUGGCCACGGUACUCGGACGUGUGAUUGUGUACGGGGGCAAGGGUGCCCUUGGCUCGACUUGCGUAUCUCAAUUUAAAUCACAAAAUUGGUGGGUUGGUUCCAUUGAUAUGAAGCCAAAUGAACAAGCUGAUAUGAAUGUGAUUGUAAAUCCUGAAAACGAUUGGCAAAAACAGCAAAUGGAUAUCGUGACCCAAAUUAAAGAUACAUUGAAGGAUGAGAAAGUUGAUGGUAUUAUUUGUGUAGCUGGAGGAUGGGCUGGUGGCAAUGCAGCAAAUAAAGAUUUUGUGAAAAAUAGUGAUCUGAUGUGGAAACAGAGUGUUUGGAGUUCUGUUAUAGCUGCAAGUAUUGCAGCUGAAUACUUAAAAGAAGGGGGAUUUCUUUCAUUGACUGGUGCCAAGCCAGCAUUAGAGGGAACACCAGGUAUGAUUGGUUAUGGUAUGGCAAAGGCUGCAGUUCAUCAACUGACAAAGUCUUUGGCAGAUAAAGAUAGCGGUCUUCCUACCAAUAGUCUGGUAGCCUGUAUACUACCUAUUACUUUGGACACACCAAUGAACAGAAAGUGGAUGUCCAAAGCUGAUAAAAGUACAUGGACUCCACUCGAAUUUGUAUCAGAUCUAUUCUGGAAAUGGUCUCAAAAUCAAGAUCGGCCUGCCAAUGGUUCUCUUCUGCAACUCGUUACAAAGAACAAUAAAACGGAAUUGAUCAAGGCUUAAACGUAUUAAACGAAUAAUAUUCUUGGGAACAAAAAUAUUGAAAUAUUCAUGAUAAUAUAAUAAUAUAUGUAUUUUUUUUAUUACC